CCCCACCUUUCCCUUUCGUUUUAUUUUCUCCCUCUCUUUUUUCUCCUUCACUUUUAAAAAGCAGAGAAUGCAUUCAUGAGUUCAUGAGACCCUAUCUAGGUUUUUCUCCUUCUCUCUUUUUGUUCUUAUCCUUUCGAUCCAACACCCUUCAUCAUCUCUGCAUUUGAUCGAUCAUCCGUCAAAACUCGAAUCGACUGAUUCUCAACCGAAAAGCAUUCCCACACAAAGUGAGUUGCUCCUUGAUUUUGCAUUAGCAUAUGAGAGAAAGCUAUGAUGGUGGUGAUGAUGGAUUCGAAGCUUUUGGGGCAUACCAGUAAUGAGUGUAUAUUGUCUGGACAACAGAGAAGAUAAAUUUUGCUUAGAGCCUGGAACAGCAGGUCUUGCAGAGAGCAAUGUCACUAUUUAGUAAGGAUGUGGAUGCAGCUUUCCAGGGUGCAGGAGUAAAGGCAGGACUGGAAAUCUGGUGUGUGGAGAACCUUCGGUUGGUUCCAGUUCCUAAGUCAUCACAUGGCAAGUUUUUUUCUGGAAGUUCAUAUUUGAUCUUGAGUACAGUUAUGCUUAAAAGUGGACUUUCUCAGCAUGAUAUACAUUAUUGGUUGGGAAAGGAUGCAAAGGAGAUUGACUCAGCCCUGGUAUCAGAUAAAGCAGUUGAGUUAGAUGCAGCAUUGGGCUCCCAUGCUGUCCAAUAUAGGGAAGUACAAGGUUGCGAAACAGAGAAGUUCUUGUCAUACUUUAAGCCUUGUAUCAUACCCAUUGAAGGAGUUUUCUCUUCAGAAGUGGGAACUUUGGACAGUCAGACAUAUAAAGUUUGCUUGUUAACAUGCAAGGGGGACCAUGCUGUUUAUGUUAGAGAAGUACCCUUCUCUCGGUCCUCUUUGAACCACAAUGAUGUAUUUAUACUUGACACAGAGUCAAAAAUUUAUCUCUUUAGUGGGUGCAAUUCCAGCAUGCCAGAAAGAGCAAAAGCUUUGGAGGUUGUUCAAUAUAUCAAAGAUAACAAGCACGGUGGGAGGUGUGAAGUGGCAACCAUAGAGGAUGGGAAGUUUGUUGGUGAUUCUGAUGUUGGGGAGUUCUGGAGCUUAUUCGGUGGCUAUGCUCCCAUCACCCGCGAUUCACCUUGUGCAGUUCAGAAUGAAUCUUCAAUUCCAUCUGCAAAGCUAUUUUGGAUGGAUAAAGGAAAAGCAUGCUCAAUUGAGGAAACCUCAUUAAUUAAAGAGAUGCUGAGUACAGACAGAUGUUAUAUGUUAGAUUGUGAUAUCGAGAUUUUUGUUUGGAUGGGAAGAAACACAUCUAUCACCGAGCGAAAGACGUCUAUUUCAGCAAUAGAGGAUAUUGUGGCUUCUCAGGGAAGGUCAACAAGCACACAUAUAACUUUCUUGACAGAAGGAUCUGAAACUGCCACAUUUAGAUCAUAUUUUGAUGUCUGGGCUCAAAGUACAGUUUCCAAUUUGUAUGAAGAAGGGAGAGGGAAAGUAGCAGCCAUAUUUAAGCAUCAGGGUUAUGAUGUGAAGGAAUUUCCUGAAGACGAUUGUCAACCUUUUAUAGAUUGCAGUGGCAUUCUUAAAGUCUGGCGAGUAGAUUGUCAUGUUGCCGCCGUCGUUCCAGUUGCAGAACAGGGUAAGCUUUUCAGCGGAGAUUGCUUUGUUGUGCAGUACACUUAUCCUGGUGAUGAGAAAGAUGAGCAUCUGUUUUAUGCGUGGCUGGGAUGUAACAGCACUAUGGAAGAUAGAGUUGAUGCAAUCUCCCUUAUGAGUGCUAUGGUUGAUUCAAUCAAGGCCCAUCCAGUUCUGGCUCAAAUUUUUGACGGUAAGGAGCCACUUCAGUUCUUCUCGAUUUUCCAGACAUUGAUUGUUUUCAAGGGCGGGAUGAGUUCCAGUUAUAAGAGAUUCAUAUCAGAAAAUGGAAUUUCUGAUGAAACUUAUGAUGAAAAUAAGGCGGCUCUGUUUCGUGUUCAAGGAUCAGGUCCUGAAAAUAUGCAAGCCAUCCAAGUUGAUCUUGUCUCGGGUUCACUCAAUUCAUCGUAUUGUUACAUUUUGCAAGCUGGAGCCUCUAUCUUCACUUGGUCAGGGAAUCUUUCUUCCCCAAGAGAUCAUGACCUUCUUGACAGGAUGCUGGACCAAAUAUAUCCCACGCGACAAGCUAUAUCAGUAAGGGAAGGCAGUGAACCUGACAGUUUCUGGGAUGCAAUUGGUGGUAAGGCAGAAUAUCCAAGGGAAAAAGAGAUUAAAGCAUAUGAAGAAGAUCCGCAUCUGUUUACCUGUACCUUUACUGAAGCAAACAUUGCUAACAACAGCUUGUGGUUCGUUUGCUCCUUGAUCGCGUUCUCAUAUUUUCAGGUGAAAGAGAUCUUCAACUUCACUCAAGAUGACUUGACUACUGAAGAAGUAUUAGUGUUAGAUUGCCACAGUGAAAUCUAUGUCUGGAUUGGGCAACAUGCAAAUAUCAAAUCUAAGCAGCAAGGCCUCACUCUAGGCAAGAGAUACCUUGAGGCAGACAUUCUUCUAGAAGGACCGUCUUUAGAGACUGCUAUAUAUGUUGUUACAGAAGGACAUGAACCACCCUUUUUCACUCGGUUCUUUGCAUGGGAUCCGUCAAGGGCAUAUAUGCAUGGGAACUCAUUUGAGAGAAAGCUUGCUAUUUUGAAAGGAUUGGCACCAGAAUUGCAAACACCUCAAAGAAGUUCACAGUAUGGAACGCGCCACUCAGAAUCCACACCAAAUGGUUCAAGAAGCAGGUCUCUCAGUUCCAGUGGGUUUCAUUCAAGAACUGGAUCUCCUGCAUCCCGCGCUUUCUCCCCAGGUAUUGAUGCUCCAAACGGUCGCCGCUUGUCCAGCCCAACUCCAGUUGCUCGAAAACUCUUUCCAGGAGCAACUCCUGAUCGUAGUGCUGGUAACGAAGCCUCCACAGCUUUGCACCAAAAGAAUACUCAAUUGUCUCGAUUUCUCAAAUGCAGAGAUGAAUCACUAGGAUCUUCCCCAGUGACAGAGGAGCAGAAUUCCAGUUUGGAGAAAUUCAGAGCCAUGACGAUUCCAGGUGAUGAAGGAAGUGAAACUGAUAGUAAACUCAAAACCUUCCCUUAUGAUCGCCUAAAAGUGACUUCAGACAAUCCAAUAACAGGAAUAGACAUGACCAAACGAGAGGCAUAUCUGUCAGAUGAAGAGUUUCAAGAGAAGUUUGGAAUGACCAAGAAAGCCUUCUAUGAAUUGCCCAAAUGGAGACGGGACAAGCUCAAGAUGGCAGUUAGUCUUUUCUAAAGUAUAUGAUAUCAGCGUUAACUUAAUUGUAACCAACGUCAGUGCGGAGGCUUCCAUUGAGAACUAAGUGGCCUGCUUCGUAGGAAGUUGGAUGUUCUAGUAUUCUGGUUUUUAGAUGAGAGAUACAUGAUUCAGGGCGGUUAAAAAUUAGUAGUUUCACUUUU